GUGUUAAACAAGGAUGGAUUCCCUCUCAGAGUGGGAGAUAGCGCAGGUAUCGAGACUUCAGAGGGAUGCUGGCGUCCAGAGGCUCAGCUGUCACUUCUCAUGGCCUGAGUUCUGCGAUGAACGACGGUGCUUCCAUCAGGAGUUUGUGUACGACGUCUCUAUGUUUGCCUCUGCCCAGGGCUUCCCCUGGUCUGAUGUAAUCCGGACAGCUGUGAUUGCCAAAAGCAUCUUCCCACAGCUGGAUGGUCUCGACACACCCGAUCUACUGUCCUUGCUGAGAGACACGUUGUCUGAGUGUUUACCAGACCUAACCCCUGUGCACCGACACAAGUUCACCCAGUUCCUCUCAGACACCUUCACCACUCGGCGGAGGCUUUUCCAGGCGACGGUGGGUGGAGCCGCAAACCUGUCCAUCACUGAGCUACACUUGGAGGUGCAGUUGCCGCCCACACCCUGCCCUCUGGCACAGGGCACAGAACUGCACCAGUGGGAGCAUCAGCAACAGCAAACCCAACUCACCUCAGCCUUGCAACAGAAGGAGGAGGAGCUGAGGAGUCUCCGCGAUGGGUUAAGGGUCACUCUGGGAGAUAUUCCUGAGGAUGUACAGCUGGACAAAGAGGGUGUUCUGGAUGUGGUCCGUGCAGCCGUGAGUGCCACUGAAGGCCAGAUGCUGUCGAGUCUGAACCAAGAGGUCUCACUGCUCAGUGACAUCCUGCAGCUCAAACUGCAGCAGGCAUCUUUAGCCACCAGGAGGCUCCACAAUCCUGUUCCCUCCAAUACAGGUCUACGUCCAGACACACCAGCAAAGACGAAAACACAAACAGUAAAAACUAAAACAGGACUGAAGCAGUAGUGAAUAAAGCUAAUGUAGAGGGAAAUCACUGCCAAUAUUAUUAUUUAAUCACACAAUUUUCAAGUAAAUGUGUAUGUGUGAAUGGACACAGAAGGGACAGUCCUGAAAACCGGUUUCACAUCAGGAUUUUUUUUUUUUUUUAAAAAGUCUCUGAUCCUGAAAUCCUUUAAUUUGACAGGAAAAGCUGCAAAGAACAGCAUCAUAAAUAACAUCAACAUAAACAAAACAAUAUCCACUCCCUUCAUUUCACACAUUUCUUUCACAGAGCUAAGUUCAGCUUGUAACUGCUCAUGCAUUCAUAGAUUCAACAUUCAUAAAUAUUCUGCACUGUGACCGCAGCUAACAAUAAAAAUAAUUUAAACAGAAAUUAAAUAACAUUCAAAGCACCUAGUGUAGAGGUCAAGUUAAGUUUAGCCAAUCAGGUAAUUAGUUUCUAUAACAACAGUACCUGAGGUAAAGCCUUUCAGUAAGUGAUUACAGUACAUAUUGGUGACCAGGUGGAGUGCAGCUCUUACUUAAAAGCCAACUGGUUUUUCAGGACGGCAGUAGUGCCCUCUAAGGCGAGCAUUUAUCUGCUACACACCUACAUACAGCAGGCUGGCAAAACCAUCUGCAUAUACACAUAAAAUACACAAACUUACAGUACAUUCAGAAAGAACAGAACAGAUGAGGAGGGAGAGGAAGGUGGUGAGAAAUAGAGAUGAUCACAAAUCUAAUCAACUACUAAUUAUCAUAUGAUCAAAUCUGAUAGUUAGUGGUUUGGAAUGUUCUUUGCCUCUGAUUUUGAGUUUUGCAUUUUAGUUUAAUUGUUGGUAUUUAUUUGAAUGAUCUCAUUCCUUGUAAUUGUUUGUUGUUAAUAUAGGAUUUUAAUAUUGUUGGUAGGACUCAGGUCAGACAGAAUUUUCUGAAGUGUAGCAGUGAAACCUCGCCUCCUUUCAAAUAAAGCUUUGUAUGGAGCUGCUACAGAAAGGCUCAGUAGGCUUGUGCCAGCUGGUUGGCUGUGGUGAUGUGGGUGAGCAUGGUCUGCACCAGCUCUGGGAGGUCGUACUCGUGCUUCCAGCCCCAGUCCCGCCUCGCUGCGCUGUCCUCUAAUGCCAUUGGCCAGCCGUCCGCUGAGAAAGGACAGGAGAGGUAUGUGAUAAAGGUGUCCAGCCUAAAUUCUUAUUUUGGAAUAACAUCAGUGUAACA